AUGAGUAAAAGCGGAUUUAUGAUUCAUUUUAUUAGAAAUAAAGAUAAUAAAGCAAUUAAUGAGUUGAAAUGCAUACUUUCUCAAUAUAGUUUGGAUCAGAAUUCAGUUUAUGAAUCAGAGUUUAACUUUAGUAAAUUAUUAAAUGUUAAUAAACAACCUAUAAUUAAACUUCUUAAAUCAUAUACUUGUAAAAUGUUAGUUAGUUGUGAUAAAAUUGAUAAUGAAUUAUUAAAUCAUAUUUAUAAUUCAACUUUUCAGUCAAUUCAGAAGGUGAUUCCUUUAGAAUUGGUUAUUGUUUAUAAAUUAAGUAUUAUUAAGUCAUUUUUAAAAACUAAAACUAAAUUAAUUAAUGAAAAUGACACUUUUAAGAUUGAAUGUAAGUUGCUUAAAUGUAAUAAAGUUAGUAGAAAAGAAGAGUUGUUUGAACUCAUUUUUAGUUUAUUUAAUAACAAAGUUAAUUUAACAACACCUGACUUUGUAAUCACAAUUCAAUCCAUUGAAAAUGUUAUUGGUGUUAGUUUGAUAGAUAAAAAUAAUAAAUUAAUUUGA